GGUGCAGUGUGGCGCAGAGGACGUCCUGAUAUUGAAACUGCAGACCUCUGAGUGAACCUCACCAGCAGGAAAUACACCGGGGAGGCGGCGGGGAGCGCUCACAUCGUAAAAUUAUCGCCGUUGUUUAGUCGCUAGUUGAAGCCAGCCGAUUGGAAAGCCAGAAAACCCCAAGGUGGUGGAAACUUUCAAUAUCGUAGGUGCUGAAAAACCUAAAUAUCCACGCCGGCAAAUGAUACAUAAGAUGCCUGGUGAAGUUGAUAAUUUGAAGCCAAGAAAGAGGAAGAGCAGCUCUGAGACCAGAAACACCAGAAAGACAUCUGCUGCAAGGAGGAGAUGUGUGAAAAGUCCAAAGGCGAACUCGUCGUCUGAGAGCAGCUCAGCAGUUGGGAACACUAAAGCAGCUGGUCCUCUGGAGAGAGACUCCUGCAUCAGCUGUGAAUGCCACCAGUCUUCUGGCAGGAGGAGGUGCUUAGCAUCACCAGAGCAUGAAGGACAGGAAGGUAAAGAGAACGCGCUGAUGAUGGGACAGGAUUCAGACAGCUGCGUAAUGAAUAGCAUCUGGGACAAAUAUGAGCCUGAGCAUAUGGAUUAUGAAGAAACAGGCAAAAUCAUGUUCCCAGAUGAUGACAGUAAUCAGAUCCUUCCUGUGGAGCAGUUCUUUGGAAACUUGGAUGCUGUACAGGAUUUUCCUGAAAGAUCAUCCACGUCUUCUAGCCGCGCCCAAAGGAAGAACAGGAGGCGACAUUACUAUGCUCGAGAGGACAGCGAUGAAGACGAGGUGGAUUUCAGUGGCGUGCAGCGAGACAACGGGGUGGGCACUUAGGCUACAUUCACACUGCAGGCGAAAGCGCAUCAAAUCCGAUUUUUUUUUUACCCUAUGUGACCCAUAUCUGAUCAUGGUAUGACAGUUUGAACGGCACAAAUCCGAUAUUUUCAAAUCCGAUCUA